AUGCAUCAGAAAGUUCCAGCUGGAGUCUGUCUUCCUGCCAGUCCUGAGGCGAGACCCCAAUUCUUCAUUGUACACAAGGCAGGGGAAGGGCAGCCGAUCUGUCUGUAUUCCUUGGUCAUGGUCCAGCAGAGAUGCAGUCUAGCCCAGUGUGCACAAAAUCUCACACGUGUCUCAGAAUUCUUCCUCAUGAGUCUCUCAGAUGAUCUGGAACUGCAGCCCUUGCUCUUUGGGUUGUUCCUGUCCAUGUACCUGGUCACUGUGCUUGGGAACCUGCUCAUCAUCCUGGCCAUCAGCUCUGACUCCCACCUGCACACGCCCAUGUACUUCUUCCUCUCCAACCUAUCCUUGGCUGACAUAUGUUUCAUUUCUACCACUGUUCCGAAGAUGAUUGUGGACAUCCAUGCUCACAGAAGAGUCAUACCCUAUGGGAACUGCCUGACACAGAUGUCUUUUUUGAUCCUUUUUGGAUGUAUGGAUGGUAUGCUUCUGACUGUGAUGGCCUAUGAUCGGUUUGUGGCCAUCUGUCAUCCUCUGCACUACCCAGUCAUCAUGAAUCCAUGCCUCUGCUGCUUCUUAGUUUUGGUGUCAUUUCUUAUCAGUCUUUUGGACUCUCAGUUGCACAAUUUGAUUGUAUUACAACUUACUUGCUUCAAGGAUGUAAAGAUUUCUAAUUUCUUCUGUGAUCCUUCUCAACUUCUUCAUCUUGCUUGUUCUGACACAUUCACCAAUAACUUAGUCAUGUAUUUUGUUGGCACCAUCUCUGGUGGUGUUCCACUCUCAGGGAUCUUUUUCUCUUACUAUAAAAUUGUUUCCUCCAUUCUGAGAGUCCCAUCAGUAGGUGGGAAGUAUAAAGCCUUCUCCACCUGUGGUUCUCACUUGUCUGUUGUUUGCUUAUUUUAUGGAACAGCUUUUGGGGUUUACCUUGGAUCAACAUUGUUGCCUUCUCCCAGAGAGGCUAUGGCAGCCUCGGUCAUGUACAGUGUGGUCACUCCCAUGCUAAACCCAUUUAUCUACAGCCUGAGGAACAGAGACAUUAAGAGUGCCCUGUGGAGGCUCCACAGCAGAACAGUCUCAUCUUAG